CUUUAUCUGUGCAUACGUGUGUGUAUAUAUCAAUUUAUGUACAUAUGUAUCUAUGAGUAUAUUAGAUACAUUUCAGAGUGACGGAAACGCCUGAGAAAUAAAAAAUGCCAUGAGAAACUACACAGCAAAGCAUGAGCAAUAAUAACACAGUAACAUUUAGUUUGUGUUUCUACAACACGCGAAUUGCAGCUCGAGAAACGAAAAUAAAUAAUAAUAAUUAAUAAAUAAAUAAAAAAAAAAAACAUAUAUGUAUAUUAAAAAGCAAAGUGUUCAAGGAUUAAAAACAAACGCAGUACAAAUUGAUUGAUUUAUCUAAAUGUCAGCUUAAGACGUAUACAAAAAUUAUGUAUUACAAAAUAUGCUUUGAAAAAUGUUUAAAAAGAAAUUGAAAUAAAAAAGAAAGUGUUAGAAAGAAAGGGAGAUUUACAUAAAAAACACAACUAAUAAUUGUAUAAAAAAUUAUUAAAAACCUCGAGUGCAGAAGUAAUAAAAUCAACAAUUUAAAAUUAAACUUCAACAACAACUACCGCUGAAAAUGUAUAUGUCUCUUUAAGUUUUUCUUAUUUUUCAUAUUUUCACAAAUCCCAAAUAAAGGCUGUAGUGUAAUAGUACAUACCAUUAUGAAUUGCGAAUGCAAACGCAAACAAAAAUGAAAAACAAAACGUUACAGGUAACCCUCGAUUUGAGCGGUUUAAAUAUUUUAGGAUAAUCUCUGAAAGAGCAAUUUGUAUUAAAUAUUAAUAUAAAAAACAAACAAACCAUAUUAAAAAUAUAUCAAGUGUAUUAAUUGAAAAAAAAAAAACAAUGACAUUAGAUGAGAUGCAAAAUGGUAACGUUGUGAAUUCACUGAAGACAAAUUCUAAAAAUCACAAUCUACAAAUGGAUAAAACAAAUCUGACAAACGAACGAAAUUUCCACCAAAAUAACAACAAUAUUAAUAACAAUGAAAAUAAUGCAAAUUUACAACAACAACAACAUUCAAAACAGAAUGAUGCUACAAUAUCAUUUUUAAGAGCUGCUCGCAGUGGCGAACUAAGUAAAGUGGUGGAGUUCUUAGAGAGUGGCCAAAUUACAGAUAUCAAUACCUGCAAUGCUCAAUAGCAAAACAUAAUGAAC